UAAUAAACACACAUUAAUCCCGCUGUCAGGCUGAGGCGGACUCUUUAUGCGGAUUAUUUACAUCUUUUUCUUCGAGAUUAAAGGUUAACAGCUUCGCUAACUUCAGGCUACGAGCCGCUAGCGUGGAGGAGCCAUGCUGUCCGUGUCCCGGUCAGUCGUCUGUGGGCUGGCUCGUGCCCCCGCUGCUGUCAGCCAGGGGGGGGUCUCUGCCAUCACUCGCUUCAGCAGCACCGCUCAGGCGUCACCUAAGAAAACUAAGUUCGGCCCGCUGGCGGACGAGGACAGGAUUUUCACAAACCUGUACGGACGUCAUGACUGGAGGCUGAAGGGGGCGCUCAGACGGGGCGACUGGUACAAAACCAAGGAGAUCCUGCUGAAGGGAGUGGACUGGAUCCUGAACGAGAUCAAAGUCUCUGGGCUGCGGGGCAGGGGUGGAGCGGGCUUCCCCACCGGCAUGAAGUGGAGCUUCAUGAACAAACCCAGUGAUGGGAGACCCAAGUAUCUGGUGGUGAAUGCAGACGAGGGAGAACCGGGAACGUGCAAGGACCGGGAGAUCAUGCGGAACGACCCGCACAAGCUGGUGGAGGGCUGUCUGAUCGCUGGGAGGGCCAUGGGGGCGCGGGCCGCCUACAUCUACAUCCGAGGAGAGUUCUACAACGAGUCCUCCAACCUGCAGGUGGCCAUCAACGAGGCGUACGCCGCCGGGCUGAUCGGCCAUAACGCCUGCGGCUCUGGCUACGACUUCGACGUGUUUGUGAUGCGCGGUGCUGGAGCGUACAUCUGCGGCGAGGAGACGGCGCUCAUAGAGUCUCUGGAGGGAAAGCAGGGGAAGCCGCGCCUCAAGCCCCCCUUCCCCGCCGAUGUGGGUGUGUUUGGCUGCCCCACGACUGUUGCUAAUGUGGAGACCGUGUCCGUGGCGCCCACCAUCUGCCGCCGGGGGGGCUCUUGGUUCGUAGGCUUUGGCCGAGAGAGGAACUCUGGCACCAAGUUAUUCAACAUAUCCGGUCACGUCAACCACCCGUGCACCGUGGAGGAGGAGAUGUCCAUCCCUCUGAAGGAGCUCAUCGAGAGGCAUGCAGGUGGCGUGCGUGGAGGCUGGGAUAACCUGCUGGCCGUAAUCCCCGGUGGGUCCUCCACUCCCCUCAUCCCCAAGAACGUGUGUGAGGAGGUGCUGAUGGACUUUGACGGGCUCAUCCAGGCUCAGACCGGGCUGGGCACGGCCGCUCUGAUCGUCAUGGACAAAUCCACCGACGUCAUCAGAGCGAUCGCACGUCUGAUUGAAUUCUACAAACACGAGAGCUGUGGCCAGUGCACGCCAUGCAGAGAGGGAGUGGACUGGAUGAAUAAGAUGAUGUGGCGUUUCGUUCGUGGGGACGCUCGGCCCGCAGAGAUCGACAUGAUCUGGGAACUCAGCAAGCAGAUCGAAGGCCACACCAUCUGUGCUCUGGGUGACGGCGCGGCGUGGCCUGUGCAGGGAUUAAUCAGACACUUCAGACCUGUGAUGGAAAGUCGCAUUGCUGAAUUCCAGCAGAAGCAGCAGGCCAGAGCUUAAACAUCCACUGCGAUCCUUUCCCUGCCUCCCUGAUGCUUGUCAUUCUGAAAGUAUUUAAGCAAUAGAUGUCCUGUCUGGUUUCACAUUGGGAAAGCUGCGGUGUUCUAUGAUAAUGCCAAUAAAGU